UUUCGUGAGUGCAUUUAGUGAUUCAAGGAGAUAUAUCAGAUUCGUUAAGAUGUGGAAUAUCUUUUCUACCGUGCUCUUCAUAUCAUGUGUCUCCGCCAGCCCUGUAAUGACACGACAAGGCCUACUGCUACAAGCCAACAAAAUGAACAUCUGUUCCAAACUACUGCACUUUAACAACUAUUAUUACUUCCUGGAAGAACGCAGAAACAUAACAGGUACGCCAGCUGAUCUGAGCAUCCAUUGGAAGACUGGAAACAUAUAUUUCACACACAUAAGCGACGAAAUGAAGAUGAAGCUGCAAGUAAUAAGACCAAGUGGCGAAAUUGAGCCAAUUAAAGUGGCCGGGUUAGGACAAUCAACUUGUGUAGAUAACCUUAACGAUAUUGUAUACCUUGCAACUGAUAAUGGUGUAUAUAAAUACAAGGAUGAUGGAAAUGUUGAAAGUUAUACAGCUUUAGGCGAAGAUGUGAUGUAUAUAGCAGUAUCCAAUGACGGAGAUACCAUGUAUAUUGCCACUUGGCCUCAAAACCGAGUGCAGAAAAUUACAAAUGGUGGACAAAGGCAGGAGACUUUCUCAACGAUACCGAAUGGACACGGCUUGACAAUAGACACAAGAAAUAAUAUGUAUUUUGUGGCAACAAAAACUUCAUACAUUCUCAAAAAUGGCCAAGACGUGCCUAUUAAAAUCAAAGGCCUCCCGAACGAUAAAAUGACUGGUGUCUUCGUAGCUCGAUCGGAUGAUAUUUUUGCCAUGGAUGAAAACAGCAAUUUUUAUUUGAUCGACCCUGAGAAUGCCCUCGCUAAGCUUUUGGGUAGUUUUAACAUUAGUGGUGUCAAUACGUUUGGCUUGGAUUCCGCUGACAAUGUGUAUAUUGGAAUCAAAGGCGCCAUUUUGAAGUUCGUCGCUUAUGAGAAAAGUCCCUGCGCUAAUUUUUUUAAGUAAAUAUUAUGUGUGAAUGGUUUACUAACAAUAAUAAAGGAAAGCGACACGACCAUCGACGAAAGAAUAAGCCAAAAACUACAACUACAACGCCUUCGACUGAUUCAGCCUACGAAGAUGAAUAGAUUAUUUAAAAAUGCAACCAAUUAUUAUUGUUUUACUCUACCAAUGUUAAAGUUACUCAUUACAUUUGUUGUUAAAACAU